AUGGUUAGUUUUGACAUUACGUCGCUGUUUACCAACGUACCAGUAGAUGAGGUCAUACAAAUAAUCACAACCCUUUUAGGCGGAACUACACUACCUACUGGCUACGUUGAGAGUAUCACGUAUUGUCUCAAAAGUGGAUAUUUCCUGUGGCGAGGGGACUUUUACCUCCAAAUUGACGGAGUGGCUAUGGGCUCACCACUGGCGCCCGUUGUGGCUAACAUUUUUAUGGAGUGGUUCGAGGAAAAAGCACUAGAGUCUGCAAACGUGAAACCGCGAUACUGGUGGCGAUAUGUAGACGAUAUUUUUGCUGUCGUCGCCCGGGACUCAUUGAAGGACCUGACGUCACACCUAAAUCGGGUGCACGCGAAGAUAGAGGUCACCAUAGAGGAGGAAAAAGAAGGAAAGUUACCGUUCCUGGACGUACUGGUCAUUCGAGAGCCGAACGGACGGGUGACUCAUACCGUAUACCGGAAGCCAACGCACACAGACCGGUACCUACGGGCCGACUCUCAUCACCACCCCUCACACCUAUCUUCGGUGCCUCGUACGCUGCUGAACCGAGCACUCGCUCUAUGCGACCAUGAUUACGUCAAUGCGGAACUGAGGCAUUCAUCCACCACACCAGACACAUUCCAAAAUGUUCAAAUUCCACCAAUUGCCUACAGCCGAGGGGUAGAGUUGGCUCGCUGCCGCGCCUCCAAGUCUCGCCGUCACGACGUCUAUGCGUCUCUUGUGCAACUCAUACAUGGAAAUAUUUAUAUAGAGUUGAUAUUAGGAAGGGCGACAGUCAAGGGCAGAGGUGUGAUGGGCUAG